GUACGCACGCACUGGCUGCUAUUUCGGUCGGUUUGAAGUGAGAGGGGAAGACGACGGGAACCAGUUAGCAGCAAAAUCCAGCUAUUUUAUGUUGCUGUUUCUGAGCCGUCAAGUUUCUCUCUCGCUCUCAGUCGUUCCAAAGCUCAUCCCGACAAACCUCGUUUUGCACUCGAAGCCGGUUUCUUUGUCUCUAAGAUCCAGCAGACUCAUUGCUCAGUGUUGUACGCUUUCUGCUGACGCUACCAGCCGAACUCGAGUCAGCAUGCCUGAGAGGAGGCCCUUCGUGCGGCUGCCUACUGACGUUUACCCCGUUAAUUAUGCGCUGUGUCUGAAGCCCGACCUGAUUGACUUCACUUUCGAGGGCAAGCUGGAGGCGGUGGUGGAGGUUAUUCAAGGGACAAAUCAGAUUGUGAUGAACUGUGCUGAUAUAGACAUUAUCACUGCAUCUUUUGCACCAGAAGGAGGGGAAGAAAUUAACGCUACAGGAUUUAACUAUCAGAAUGAGGACGAGAAAGUCACUUUGUCUUUCCCCAGUGUUCUUCAGAAAGGGUCUGGCAUGUUGAAGAUUGACUUUGUUGGAGAGUUAAAUGACAAAAUGAAAGGUUUCUACAGAAGUAAAUAUACGACUUCAUCAGGAGAAAUCCGCUACGCAGCUGUCACACAGUUUGAGGCCACAGAUGCUCGCCGAGCUUUCCCUUGCUGGGACGAGCCAGCUAUCAAAGCCACCUUUGACAUCACCCUUAUUGUCCCCAAGGACAGAGUAGCCUUGUCGAAUAUGAACGUCAUCGAUCGGAAGCCAUACCCAGAGGACGACAGUCUUGUGGACGUAAAAUUCGCUACUACACCUAUCAUGUCUACCUACUUGGUAGCGUUUGUCAUCGGCGAGUACGAUUUUGUGGAGAGCCAGUCAUCUGAUGGCGUGACAGUCCGUGUAUACACGCCAGUGGGGAAGGCGGAGCAGGGCAAGUUUGCUCUGGAGGUGGCUACUAAGACCUUACCUUUCUACAAAGACUAUUUCAACGUUCCUUAUCCGUUGCCUAAAAUUGAUCUAAUAGCAAUUGCUGAUUUUGCUGCUGGUGCCAUGGAAAAUUGGGGCCUUGUUACUUACAGGGAAACUGCUCUACUGAUUGAUCCAAAGAAUUCAUGUGCGUCCUCACGUCAAUGGGUGGCCUUGGUGGUAGGGCAUGAGCUGGCACACCAGUGGUUUGGGAAUUUGGUUACUAUGGAAUGGUGGACCCAUCUGUGGCUUAAUGAGGGCUUUGCGUCAUGGAUCGAGUACCUCUGUGUGGAUCACUGUUUCCCUGAGUAUGACAUCUGGACACAGUUUGUAUCUGCAGACUACACCAGGGCUCUGGAUCUGGAUGCUCUUGAUAACAGUCACCCAAUUGAGGUUAAUGUAGGGCAUCCUUCAGAAGUGGAUGAAAUUUUUGAUGCCAUAUCCUACAGCAAAGGUGCUUCUGUUAUUCGCAUGCUGCACAAUUACAUAGGAGACGAGGAUUUCAGAAAGGGAAUGAACACUUAUCUUGUUAAGUUUCAAAACAGAAAUGCAUCCACAGAGGACUUGUGGGACUGUUUAGAGCAGGCAAGUGGGAAGCCCAUUGCUGCAGUGAUGAGCUCUUGGACCAAACAGAAAGGAUUCCCCAUUAUUGUAGUGGACCAGGAGCAGAAAGGAGAUGAUAGGGUGCUGAAGAUAUCUCAGAAGAAGUUCUGUGCUAGUGGACCAUAUGAUGGCGAGGACUGCCCCAGCUGGAUGGUCCCAAUCAGCAUAUGCACCAGUGAGGACCCCAGCUGCUCCAAGAUUAAGGUUCUGCUGGACCAGCCUGAACUCACAGUCACCAUCCCUAACCUGGGACCAGAUAAGUGGGUCAAGCUUAAUCCAGGCACAGUAGGCUUCUACAGGAUCCAGUACAGCUCGGCCAUGUUGGACAGUCUGUUGCCAGGAAUCAGAGACCUUACACUGCUCCCUGUAGAUCGCCUGGGCCUGCAGAAUGACCUUUUCUCGCUGUCACGCGCAGGCAUGAUCAGCACGGUAGAGGUGCUGAAGGUGAUGGAGGCGUUUGUGAACGAGCCAAACUACACCGUGUGGAGCGACCUGAGCUGUAACCUGGGUGUGCUCUCCUCUCUGCUCUCCCACACCGACUACCAUGAGGAGAUCCAGGAGUUCAUUCGAGACCUCUUUACACCCAUCAGCCUGAAGCUCGGCUGGGACAACAAACCUGGCGAGGGUCAUUUGGACGCCCUUCUGCGAGGGCUUGUGCUAGGAAAGCUGGGGAAGGCGGGACACAAGGCCACGCUGGAGGAGGCUCGCAGGAGAUUUAAAGAGCAUGUGGAAGGCAAGCAGAUCCUCUCCGCAGACCUCAGGAGUCCCGUUUAUCUAACGGUUUUAAAGCAAGGGGAUAGCUCAACGCUGGACACUAUGCUGAAGCUCCAUAAACAGGCUGACAUGCAGGAGGAAAAGAAUCGCAUAGAGAGAGUUCUGGGAGCAAUCUCGUCUCCAGACCUCAUCCAGAGAGUGCUGACUUUCUCCCUUUCGGAUGAUGUUCGUCCCCAGGACACUGUGUCUGUGAUCGGUGGCGUGGCCGGGAGUAGCAAGCAUGGCCGCAAAGCAGCUUGGAAAUUUGUCAGAGAUAACUGGGAGGAGCUUUAUAACCGCUACCAGGGUGGAUUCCUCAUAUCCCGACUCAUUAAGCUCACUGUUGAUGGGUUUGCAAUUGACAAAAUGGCUGCAGAAGUAAAGAGUUUCUUUGAGACUCACCAAGCGCCAGCGGCCGAGCGCACGGUGGAGCAGUGCUGCGAGAACAUUCUCCUGAACGCGGCCUGGCUGAAGCGGGAUGCUGAAGACAUCCAUAAGUACCUCCUGCAGCGCAAAGCGCCGCCAGUGUGACCCCCGAACUCUGACCUCAGCCUCUCCUGACCUGCUCACUCACUCACUCCGAUCUCCCAACAAAUCAUCGCUGCCUCCGCCAGUCCGCAAAGCAGAGAGCGAGAGUCUCCAGAAAUUAAACAGGCUUUGUUUUUUUCUAUAUUCUGUGACAACGAUUAAAGCGCUGUAGUUACAUCUUGCGAAUUACCCAAGAGAAAUCAAGACAGAAGUGUGAUGCCGAAUGUUGUACCCUGUUCUGCCUGCUGGAAACAAUGCACAUGCAAAGAUGUAAGAAAAUUCCAGAUGUGAUUUUUCUUUUUCUUUUUUUUUUCUUUUUUUAAUAAUUAUUAUUAUUAUUUUAAAGAUGGUAACGCAUGCAUUUUAUUUUUACAAUUAGCACUUACUCAUUCAGUAAGACAGUACUCUGCCAGACAUUUCACUAUGGAUACGCAUUUCCACAGUAGUAUGAUGACUGUGAAUUGAUUUCGCUCUUCCACCUAUCUCUUUAAAAAGAGGCAUGCUCGCAAUGGUGAUAAUCAGCGCUUUGAUAUCACCGGUUUAUUUCAGUGUUUAUUUCUAGACAUGUAUGUUUUCUGUGCAAACAGUAUUCUACUUCAUCUGCCGCAUCAUCCAUUUAUGGUUGUAGCCAGUUUUAUGUAGAAUUACCUUGAGACGUGGCUUGGCAGAAUGGGGUUAAAGGUCAUGGUGUGCUUGUAAAAAGGACUUUCGACAGCAACGGCACUGAUCCACGGUGCUUAAAAAAGGUUCGAACAGACCGAACAGCGUAAGCAUGGUACUGUAUGUAUAUCGUAUAAUGCAAGCAUUCUUGCUGAGACCUGCAACUAAUCUGAUUUGUGACGUACAUGAUCUUUCCUUCUUCGUCUGUAUGUAAGAAUCCUUAUUCCACAACACUCUCCCUCUCCAGUAACUACAGAAUAUGAAAAUAAACAAGAAAAACUCAUUUUAGACACCCCCUGUAUCUGGGAAGAAGAAGAAAAAAAAACACAUUUUAUAAAGUGUAUAUUUAGCGGCUCUUUUAACAUUAUGAGAAUCACACCUGAAGUAGAA